GCUGCUGCCAUCGCCCUGCUGGACAAAAGCCGUUUCGCUUCCCAGCGCCACACAACAAGCAAGCAUCGACAUUUCCGCACCGAAAAACACGCACCGACGAGAAAGACGGUCAAUCGGUGCUGUGCCGCGAAACGGAAAACCUCAAGCCGACUGAGUGUAUUCUGCUCCAAAGAAAAAGACCAACCAAGUCGAAAACUGUGUGCGUCUAACAAAUAUCUGUGCGCGUGUGUGUGUUUCCGGUGUGUGAGCGUGUGUGUCAGUGUGUGUCCUUCGUCUCCCUUUAAACGGGGAACAAUUUAGCUGUAAACUACCUACCUCCUCCCACCCUGUUCGGAAGCCUUUUCCUGCAUGACCUUUUGUGAAUCGUCGGAAUCGUUGCGUUGCUGUUACGGCAAGGAUUGACCAUUAGCCAUUAGCUAGCCCUCUAGGAGUGUGGUGUGACACACAGUGCCUGCCGAGCGUCGUUGCCGCUUAUUUGUUUUUGUUUCGUGCCGCCCACUGCCACAAACAACGUCGUCGACGAUGUCCGAUUCCGGCAAGUCCUUUUCCAACGUGGAAACGUCCGGCUAUGUCGGGUUUGCCAACCUGCCGAACCAGGUGCACCGGAAGUCGGUGAAGAAAGGGUUCGAGUUCACGCUGAUGGUCGUCGGUGAGUCUGGCCUCGGUAAAUCUACCCUGGUGAACAGCCUGUUCCUGAGCGAUCUCUACCCGGAGCGCGUCAUACCGAAUGCGGUCGAAAAGCAAAACAUGACGGUCAAGCUGGACGCGUCCACGGUGGAGAUUGAGGAGCGUGGCGUCAAGCUGCGGCUGACCGUCGUCGAUACGCCCGGGUUCGGCGAUGCCAUCGAUAACAGCGAUAGCUUCAGCGCGAUCCUCGAGUACAUCGACGAACAGUACGAGCGGUUUCUGCGCGACGAAAGUGGCCUGAAUCGGCGCAACAUUGUCGACAACAGGAUACACUGCUGCUUCUACUUCAUCUCGCCGUUCGGCCAUGGUAUGAAACCGCUCGAUAUCGAGUUCAUGAAGAAGCUGCACUGCAAGGUGAACAUUGUGCCGGUGAUCGCCAAGGCGGACGUGCUGACGAAGAAGGAAAUCCAGCGCCUGAAGUGCCGCAUCCUGCAGGAGAUUGAGGAUAAUGGGAUCAAAAUCUAUCCACUGCCCGAUUGUGAUAGCGACGAGGACGAGGACUACAAGGAGCAGGUGCGCCAGCUGAAGGAGGCGGUCCCGUUCGCCGUCUGCGGCUCGACCACGCUGCUCGAGGUGAAGGGCCGCAAGGUGCGCGGUCGGCUUUACCCGUGGGGUGUCGUCGAGGUGGAAAACCCGGACCAUUGCGAUUUUAUCAAGCUUCGCACCAUGCUGAUCACGCACAUGCAAGACCUGCAGGAGGUAACGCAGGAGGUGCACUACGAAAACUAUCGCUCGGAGCGGUUGGCGAAAUCCGUGCGCAAAAACACCAAUUCCGUGAUAAAGGAGGAGAACGGUGGCGCCGGCAUUGUGCCCGGCGAGGUGUUGUCCGAGAAGGAUCGGAUCCUGCGCGAAAAGGAGGAGGAAAUCCGCCGAAUGCAGGAGAAGCUCGCCCAGAUGCAGGCCAAGUUUCAGGCACAGAAGUAAUUGUGGUGAAGUGAAAAGAGGGAUAUACACACAAACACACACAAAAGAGGGAAGAAGAGGAUGGUGAUGAUGAAUCAAGUUAGUUCAUGCACAUGCACAAAAAAAACCCGAAACGAAACGAACAAAACAGAAUGUAUUGGUGUCCUCUCAUGAAAUGAUUUUUUCGAAAGCAUUCAUCAUUCCGCGCAGUACGAUUCAUAUCAGAAAAAAACGCAAAAAAACAACGAGACGGAUCUUCACAGUUCGUCGUGUGCCAUCUUCCGCGUAACGUUAAACGAUCAUCUCAUCCGGUUCAUCAGCACGCGCGCACCAUCUUCUUCUUCCCAUCCCACUCCGUGGGAACUGAAUCUCUUCAUAAAAAAACCGAUUGUCGAGUAGUAGUAGUAGUACAUGAAUGGCGUUAUUUGCGAUAAUGGGCCGCUUGUUGCGCCCUGCCAGUAGCCCCCCCGUGGUUUCGAUUGCGUUUAAUGCAAACACAAAACAGUGAGCCCACGCGUUUUGAAAUCUUCCUCAUUUUUGUGCAUCAUCAUCAUCAUCAUCAUCGUCAUGAUUACACAUAUAUUUUUGGUACGAACUAUUCGCAUAUAAUUGUAGAGUAAAGGUUAGAUCGUAUAGCAUACAAGUAUAUAUAUACAGAGCAAACCUUCCACGUUAGUUGCCUCUCCAAACAAAACACAGCAGGCCGGGGUAAAAACGGGUACUUAAAAAACCAGACCAAUUGGCUGCACCCAACCCAAACCCAUCUCGACAAAACGCUCUCUUGUUUGUUUUUGGUUAUUUCUUAGCUUCAUUCAUAACGUUGCAGCAGCUCGUUUUGGGCUCGAUGGCUUUCCUUUAUUUUCGGGUAAACGACACGAAAUGUCCAAUGGAGUACGAGUUCAAUUGUGCAGUGGGUAACAACGACACCAAAAUUAUGCUUUUCCUUCUCUCGAGAAACCCAGGCCCGGUGUGUUGUACGUCAUUCAGCUGCAAUUCAAUCGCAAUAAUUGUACGGGGACGGACGAAAGUAGAGUAAACGUUAAUCCAUCCUCCCCUUUUCUCCUUUACGCGCGUCCGACACGAAACUAGCGACGAAUAAGUAAGGGGAAGGCUAGGGAAGACAGACAGGAUGGGAUGGGUGUGUGUGUCUCGAUAAUAUUUUAGAGUAUUACUAUACAUAAAUAUAUAUAUUUUUUUACAUUUCGGUUCCGACCUCUCUUACCCCCGGGCAGGAUCAAUUUUCAAAUAAAUGCGUAUUCUAACUGGAA